UGUCCUCUCACUUGUAUGAACGGUGGUGUGUGUAGUUCUCGGACCCACUGUCUGUGCCCGCCAGGCUUCACAGGACGACUGUGCCAGUUUCCUCUGCGGCCGAUGCCCGAAGCCCAGGCAGCGCGGGGCAACAAACAGCCCGUGUACACUGUACAGGUGGCACCCGAUACCCAGGGCCUGGUGGAACAAGCGGGCAUCGGUCGGCAGCAGAUGGCACAGACGCAUUCGGUGUUUACGCUGCCAUUUCCACAAGGAAAUGGCCACCAUUCCUCAGAGGUGCAGUUUAAUGUCCGUGUUCACCAUCCCUCAGACACAUCAGUUCUCAUUCAACCUCUUGACAAAUCAGAAGCCAAGCCUCCAAAGCCUGUGACCCGCCUCCCUCCACCAACUCACAAACCCAGGGGGAGGUGCUUCCAGGAGACCACGCCCAAACAGGCUUGCAGUAGUAACCCUCUUCCUGGACUGACCAACCAAGAAGACUGCUGUGGCAGUGUUGGGAACUCCUGGGGACAAAACAAAUGUUAUCAAUGUCCCAAGCAACCAUAUGCAGGGGUGAAGUUGCAGACCAUCAUAGAAGAUUUUGGUUCUACGUGUCCCCAGGGUUAUAAGAGACUCAACAGUACACAUUGUCAGGAUAUAAAUGAGUGUACCAUGCAGGGGGUGUGUCAGGAUGGUGAAUGUCUGAACACACAGGGGAGUUUUCGGUGCUCUUGCAAACCUGGCUACGUACUAGAACGCACACGCUGCGUGGAAUCAAAGGUAGAGCAGGGCUUGUGUUUCCGGAUGGUGACGGAGACGGGGAAGUGUGAACACGCCCUUCCGACACGCCUCUCUCAGGAGAUCUGCUGUUGCACUGUGGGUAAAGCAUGGGGCAACAACUGUGAGAGAUGUCCCCAAGAUGGUACAGCUUCGUUCACUAAGAUCUGCCCGGCGGGGAAGGGCAUGUCUCUGCUGACCUAUCAUGGCACAGUGUCCUUUCCUCACCGCCUCCCCAAGCCAGAGCAGCCCCUCAAGGAAGUCAAGCCACCGGAAGUUCCCACUCAGGUGACCACACCUAUGCAGCUCUCUCCAAUCAGCACACAUGGGCCUCGGAUCCCAGUCAUCAUCGCUAAGCCAACAACACAUCCCAUAGUAAGGCUACAAGAAAAGGACUCACUGGAAGAGGCUCAGACGCAGGUCUCACAGACAGAUGAGUGUAGACUUAACAGGAAUAUAUGUGGACAUGGAGAGUGUGUGAACACUCAGAAUGGAUUCAGCUGCCACUGCUAUGCUGGCUACAGAUCUCAUACACAGAGAAAGAGUUGUGUGGAUGAUGAUGAGUGUGAGUCUGACCCCUGUGGGCCAGGCCGAGGGACCUGCAUUAACACUGUGGGCUCGUACCGAUGCCACUGUCACCAAGGAUACAAACUCAUGGUGCAUCAAGGCAAACUCCGAUGUGUAGAUAUAAAUGAGUGUACUAAGUCUGAUAUCUGUGGGACGGGGGGCCAGUGUGUCAAUCUUCGGGGCUCAUAUAAGUGUGAAUGUCUGCCGGGAUUCAGGAGCAAAUCACGCAGACAUCCAAUCUGUGAAGAUAUAAAUGAGUGCUUGGACCCUAACGCUUGUCCUAAUGCACAGUGUGAGAAUAGUGUUGGGUCAUAUGAAUGUAUUCCCUGUCAGCCUGGCCACCAGGCACAGGGAGGAGUGUGUUACGAUGUAAACGAGUGUCAGAAGCGAGGCGUGUGUGUGAAUGGUCGUUGUGAGAAUCUGCCGGGAACCUAUCGGUGUCUCUGUAACGAGGGCUUCCGGCCUGAGGCAGACAGCAAAGGCUGUCGAGACAUUAACGAGUGCCAGGACAACCGUCUGUGUGCCAACGGACACUGCAUCAACACAGAGGGCUCCUUCCAAUGCCAGUGCUACCCUGGGUACCAGCCAACACAGGAGGGCAGUCACUGUGAAGAUAUUAAUGAGUGUGAACGUCCAUCGAACUGUCAGAGAGGUCAUUGUAUCAACACCAUGGGCUCAUACAGGUGUGACUGUCAGAAAGGAUACAUGCUGGUCAGCGGACGACGGUGCCAAGAUAUAGACGAAUGUGCAGUGGAUAGAAGUUUGUGCCAACCCCAUGGUGUGUGUGAGAACCGACAGGGUGGAUACGUGUGUGUGUGUAAUGAUGGAUUCGUCCUAUCUGAGGACAAACACAGCUGUGAGGAGAUUGAGAUAGACAUACACGACAAAAAGGAGUGUUACCUCAACCUGGACGACACAGUCUUCUGCGACAGUGUCCUAGCGACCAACGUGACCAAAGAGGAGUGCUGCUGCUCUAUUGGUGUGGGCUGGGGAGACCACUGUGAAAUCCACCCCUGUCCUGUUUACCAUUCAGCCGAGUUCCAUUCUCUGUGUCCGAUUGGACGAGGCUUUUACCAUGGGGAGGGGCUUGCCAUGCAUCAAGACAUUGAUGAGUGUGUGUUAUUUUCCAACGAGAUCUGUAAAGAGGGACGGUGCAUGAACACACAGCCUGGAUAUGAGUGUUACUGCCAACAGGGCUUUUACUACGACAGCAACCUGCUACAGUGUAUUGAUGUGGAUGAGUGUCAUGAUGAAUCACUGUGUAAUAAUGGUCACUGUGUAAACACUCGGGGCUCAUUCUACUGCAUCUGCAGUGCCCCCUGGACCCCUGACGCCACCAAUAAGAAGUGUGUCUUUCCUACUGUGUCAGGAGUGGAUGAAUGUCAAGACCCGAAUAACUGUAAAAACGGCGCGUGUGUGGACACCCCGGAGUCCUAUUACUGUAUUUGUACCCCUCCAUGGAUACUCGCCACGGACCGCAACAGCUGUGUCACGCCUGACGAACAGGCCGUAACGGGUGUGUCUGUGGUGCCCAUUUCAGAUGUGAAUGAGUGCCGAGAUCCUUCGUACUGUAAGAACGGGAGGUGUGUCAACACGCCUGGCUCUUUUCACUGCAUCUGCACGCAGCCGCUCACCUUCAGCGCAGCGCUCAAACAGUGCGUGUACGACGACCGCACGGCCGCUCACAGGGAUGUGUGCUUUCAGGAGGUGGAUGAGGAUCUGAUUUGUAGUAUACCUCGUAAUGGUCUGGUGGUCACGUACUCAGAGUGCUGCUGUCACUAUGGCCGGGGCUGGGGACCCGAGUGCCGUAUCUGCCCGCCCCGGAACUCAGAUAUGUUUAACAGGUUAUGUCAGAUGCAUUUGGAGACCGAGUCUGACGGAGAAGGAGAUUUCCUUGCAGCUUUUGCCAACUACAAUCGUGAAGUGGACAGUUCAGAGGAGGACUCAGAUGAAUGCAGUUGUGCGAAUGGUCGUUGUGUGCGUUCCUAUCUUGGAACCAUGUGUGAGUGCAACCCUGGUUUUAGACUGGACCACUCACACACACGUUGUACGGAUAUUGAUGAGUGCACAGAGAGAGGUGUGCGUGGGAACCCAUGUAAGAAUGCUCGCUGUGUUAAUACUCUGGGCUCAUUCAGAUGUGCCUGCAAACAUGGUUUUGUUCUUGCCCGCAGACCCAAUGUGUGUGUGCGGCCCCGAGCAUAA